CGCGGGGCGGGAGGCGUCCCGUGGCAGCGCCGGCACUUCCGGCCGCCGUGUUCCACUUCCGGGUCGCGCCCAUCGCCGCCCGGCCGCCGCCCGCGCUGAGCCGCGACCGCCGCGCCCCCAAGCUGCCGCCAUGAGGCUCUACAGCCUAAGUGUCCUUUACAAGGGUGACCCCAAAGUGCACUUGCUCAAAGCUGCCUAUGACGUGUCCACCUUCAACUUCUUCCAGAGGUCCAGCGUGCAGGAGUUCAUGACCUUCACGAGCCAGCUGAUCGCGGAGCGCUCGGCGCUGGGCAGCAGGGCCUCUGUCAAGGAGCAAGAGUACCUGUGCCACGUGUACGUGAGGAGCGACGGGCUGGCUGGAGUGGUGAUUGCAGACAAUGAGUAUCCCCAGAGGGUUUGCUUCACCUUGCUGGACAAGGUGCUGGAGGAGUUCUCCAGGGAGGUCAGCAAGAUGGACUGGCCCUCAGGGUCACCUGCCACCAUCAGCUACUCUGCCUUGGAUGGAUACCUCAGCAAAUACCAGAACCCCCGUGAUGCUGACCCCAUGACCCGAGUGCAGGCUGAGCUGGACGAGACCAAAAUCAUCCUGCACAACACCAUGGAGUCCCUGCUGGAGCGUGGUGAGAAGCUGGACGACCUGGUCUCCAAGUCGGAGGUGCUGGGGGCACAGUCCAAAGCCUUCUACAAAACGGCCCGAAAGCAGAAUUCCUGCUGUGAAAUCAUGUGACGUGCAGCCCGGGGUCUCCAGCUCCGGACCAGCAGCCCUGCACCCCCCUCCAGAGCCCCCCCAGGGCUGUUCCUGGGGCUGGGCCGGGGGUCCCCAGCCCCCUGGGCUGAUGUGACUGUUGUCCACCUUGAGGGGACACCAAGGCUGGCACCGGGCCGGCACCCGGGGGGUCACACCAAGGCCCCCACCCUCGCUGUCCUGGGGCAGCUGGGACCGGGGGCACCCGGCCACGCACUGCCCUGCCUCCACAGCCCCCCGGGCCUACAGGAGCCCCCCAGUGCUGGCCGGGGGGCUGGGGGGGCAGGCAGAGCCGUGCUGCCAGCCCAGGCAGCUUUUAUGUAUUUGUGUCCUGAGGGUGAGCUGGGGGUGGGAUGGGGGGCAAGGGAGGAGGAUUUUGGGUGGGGGGCAGCUCCUGCCUACGCUCUGAGCCCAGAGCUGUGUCCUGGUGCUGGGGAGGGGGGAAUUCACCGCCCUGCACCUCAGAGCCCCUGCCCUGCUCCCACAGCCGGGCCCCGGCAGCCCUCGCUGCCUCCUCUUCCUCCCGGCGGGAAGGGGAAGGUGAAGGUGGGGCUUGGGCUGUACCUGGGGUUGUGUCUGUGCGCCGGCUGCAGGCCGGGGGAUAAAGUGUCUUUGGCAGUUGUUGCUGUUCCUCUCUGCGGCGUCCUGGGCACCCCGGCAGGGGUGGAUGCACCUGGCCUUCCCUCUCCACCCCUCACUUCAAUGAUCAUCGGUUUUUCCUCAUAAUUUAUUUGCAGUUUUCCCGAGACAAAAACGAAAUCAGAGUCAUCUUUUACACUUACAAGGCUCAGAAAGAAAAGACAAAGGGGAUUUUUUUGGGGGGAGGGGCA